AUGGAAAAUUUUCGGUGUACCGAAUUUCUCACCGAAUCACCAUCAACAUCUUCGGCACCAGCAAGAUUUGGGGGAACUACCGCAACGGCAACAGCAUCAACUGCUUCUGCACCACCAACAACACGAAGCAUCAACUCCGCAUCAACUUCUGCACCAUCAUCACGACAACAGCAACAACAACAACAACAAUCACAAUUUCGUCGUCGUGCAACCAAAAGUGAUAUAGGUCUUCGGCAGUCAUCACCGAAUGAUGUUAUGAAAUUGCUUCUUGGGCAGAUACCAGUGAAUAGGAAGAGGUCAACAACGGAUCGUUUGAAUGUCGCUCAGUGGCCAAGUGUUCUUCCUCUAGCGGAUAAAACUGUUCAUUGCGAUGAUCGUUGCUUAGAGAGUAUGUUCAAGGCACAAAGUAUGAAACCGAUGCAUGGAAAUUGUUUUCUAAGUGUUCAAAUGGAUGUAACAGCGCAUCAUCGGCAACAGGUUGUUGAAUGGAUAUAUGAUGUGAGUUAA